ACUGGAGAGAAAGUGCUCAAUUAUAAAAUAUCACGUGGAAGAGAGAGAGGAAACCGAUUUAAAAGCUCGCUUUUUUAUAUCGUCCCUGCUGAAGAAGGCGAGUCUAGUUGGUUCAGAAUGGGCAGUCUUCCCUCAGACGCAUCUGGACAACAGCAGCAUCGGGCCAUGGAGAGGUGUCCCUAGCUUUACCAUGUACGGAGGGAAAACCUUUCAGCAGCAGAACUUUAAAUUGCUUUAGUAACGGAGAUAUAUUCUAAUAAUCAUUUGUCUUUCUCGUUGUCCUUAUGACUAAUGUUUUAAGUAGAAGUGCGAUUGAGUGCCAUGUGUAGCGCGCUACGCGCUCAGUGCGCGCGGUGACGUAAGAGGAAUUCGCUGUGAAGUGUCUUUCACUUGACGCCUGCUAUUGAUCUGCAUCCGACUACAGAUACAAUGUUUUAUCCUCAUGCUGUGCGGGCAUUAGUACCACACAGGCGUAGAGUCUUUGUGCAAUAGCGGGAAUAAUGUCACCUAUUCCCGUCCGGCAGCCGUAACCUGUAUUCCUCGCCGUGCGUAAUUGUACUGAAACUUUACGCACAGACACCAAACGUCUCCAAACUGUCUUGUUUCUCUUUCCUCCUCUCCAGCCCAUGUCCGCGGGGGAAUCAGCUUUAGUUUCGGUGGAGAGCACUCCCUCCUCCGUUUUUUUGUCAGCGGGAUUGCCGUCUUGAUCCAAGCGCACCGACUCCAACCAUCUGCUCCCCCAGAACACGCAGGGGGCCGUGAGAGCACCGGGCCGGCGUGGGCAUCGUACGCACCAGAGAAGAUGAAUAUCCAGGUUAUGCCAGAACACAAGCUCUCUUCGGUGGCCCCGCUGAAACAGUGCAAUGUGGAGAAAAAAGAAGUAGAACUGAUACUGGUGAAGGACCAGAAUGGUGUCCAGUACACCAGCUCCUCCAUCAUUCCUACUCCUGGCCACCGCGCAGGUCCUGCCGGAUCCGAGGACCGAGAAACUUGGGGCAAGAAAAUAGACUUUCUCCUGUCGGUCAUUGGCUUCGCGGUGGACCUGGCCAAUGUUUGGAGAUUUCCUUACUUGUGCUACAAGAAUGGAGGAGGUGCUUUUUUGAUCCCCUACAUCCUUUUCUUGGUCAUCGCGGGGAUGCCAUUGUUCUACAUGGAACUUGCCUUGGGCCAGUACAACCGUGAAGGGGCAGCUACAGUUUGGAAAAUAUGCCCCGUCUUUAAAGGCGUGGGCUACACAGUGAUUCUCAUCGCCCUCUAUGUCGGCUUCUACUACAACGUCAUCAUCGCCUGGUCCCUCUACUACCUGUUCUCCUCCAUGACCAGCGAGCUGCCGUGGCUCAGGUGUGACAACUACUGGAACAGUCCCAACUGCACCGACCCCAAAGCCAUCAACGGCUCCAUCAUCGGCAACGGGACGUCUUACGCCAAGUACAAGAUCACCCCGGCGGCAGAGUACUACGAACGGGGUGUGUUACAUCUUCAUGAGAGCAGGGGUAUCCACGACCUGGGCCCGCCUCGCUGGGACUUGACCCUGUGCCUGGUCGUGGUGGUCUUCAUACUCUAUUUCAGCCUGUGGAAAGGUGUCAAGUCCUCAGGGAAGGUGGUGUACAUCACUGCUACCAUGCCCUACGUGGUCCUCUUUGUUUUGCUGAUCCGAGGCAUAACUCUGCCGGGGUCCAUGGACGGCAUCAGGGCCUACCUCCACAUCGACUUCAAGCGGCUCAACAAUCUAGAGGUGUGGAUUGAUGCUGCCACGCAGAUAUUCUACUCACUAGGAGCAGGAUUUGGGGUGCUCAUUGCAUUUGCCAGUUACAACAAAUUCGACAACAACUGCUACAGGGAUGCUCUCCUGACCAGCACUGUGAACUGCGUCACCAGCUUCUUCUCAGGGUUUGCCAUCUUCUCCGUGCUCGGUUACAUGGCUUACAAGCACGGGGUGAAAAUAGAAGAUGUGGCAACAGAGGGGGCAGGAUUGGUGUUCAUCAUCUACCCGGAGGCAAUUUCCACACUGCCUGGCUCAACAUUUUGGGCCAUUGUGUUCUUCAUCAUGUUACUGACUCUUGGCAUUGACAGCGCGAUGGGCGGCAUGGAGGCAGUCAUCACAGGCCUGACAGACGACUUCAAGAUCCUCAAAAGAAACAGGAAACUCUUCACUUUCGCCACGGCCUUUGGGACGUUCCUGGUUGCCCUGCUCUGCAUUACUAAUGGUGGCAUCUACGUGCUGACCCUGUUAGAUAAGUACGCAGCCGGGACUUCUAUACUGUUCGGUGUGUUGAUCGAGGCCAUUGGAGUGUCCUGGUUUUAUGGUGUGGACCGCUUCAGCGACGACAUCCAGCGAAUGAUGGGCUUCAGGCCAGGACUUUACUGGAGGCUGUGCUGGAAAUUUGUCAGCCCUGUCUUUCUGCUGUUCGUGGUGAUAGCGAGUACUCUGACAUCAUCCAGCCUGAAGUACGACGAGUACGUCUUCCCUUACUGGUCUAACUUCGUCGGCUGGGGUAUAGCCAUGUCCUCCAUGCUGUUUGUGCCUGCCUACGCCAUAUAUAAAUUCCUCAGCCUACCAGGAUCAUUUAAAGAGAGGAUAGGAUAUUGCAUCACCCCAGAACAUGAACAUCAUUUGGUGGCUGAAGGAAAUGUGCGGCAGUUUAAGCUCAAACAUUGGUUAGCCAUCUGAUGACAAACACGCAGGACUCCCUCAUCCAACCCGUCUGGAGUUCUAGUGCGCCACCAGUGGUCGGACGGACACGGACAGCAACAGGCUCCAAACCCGCUCUGCGCCGCCUCCCUUCUUCUUCUCCCUGUGCAUUUACUAGCCAACGUCUUUGCUGUCAACAGUAACUUCAAGCACUUUGAUUUCAGAGCCACGUCUCUUAAUAUUUCAAUACCAUCCUACAGCUUCAGCUCAUAAGGGAAGGACACCCCAUGGGGAAAAUGUAACUAUUGUUCCUCCAUGGUAAUCAUAAUGUCUUUUAUAUACUAUUUUAAGUGAUCAUGACUUUGGCCAUGAUUUUUGUUUUAUGUGAGUCUGUGUGACUAUUAUGUCCUGGAAGGGAUGGAAAGGAAAAUUACAGCAAAAACAACCCCAUCUCCCUGUGUGCUACUCCACAGGGGACCAAAAUAUUUCAACAACUAUUACGAUAAAUUAUUAUUACAAAGUCUGUGUUCUUUCGUUGUCCUGUUUGCAGAGUUGCUUAUCUGUGUCAGUGCCUUAUCAAGCGAGACACGACAUGUUUCUUACAGUCUGUACAGGAAGGGAAAAAAAAGAAAAAAAAAACUGUGUUGACUCAGGAACCGACUAAAUCAAACCACAGUUUGUGGAUGGCAAUCUCUCGAUUCGACCAAGUCCUUUGUUAUUCAAGUCAAAGAGCUGGAGGUCAAGAGCGCGUCAAGGUCACAAGGCUCCUUAGCAGAGAGAAAACAAGGCCUGAUAUAAUGCUUUCGUGUCACAUUCUGUUACAGUAAAGGGAAUAACGCAUGCAUCAUUGCAAAGCUUUAACACAAAUGAAGACGGAGGGCUGGUCAGCGCCUGGCUGCUUACUGAAGGUGAAGAGCUCGCUCAAACUAAAAGGCUGUUGGUGUCUGUUACAAACAGUUUUGUAUUAUUGUUUUGUGGCUGUAACCUGUGUCUUUUCCUCCAAAGAGACAGUGAAACAAAGAGCGAGACAGUGUGUGUGUGUGUGUGUGUGUGUGUGUGUGUGUGUGUAUUGGGAUUUUGUCACCAACCAUACGGAAUGACGUUAAUCUACGGUAGACGGAGGAGUGAUGACAGUCAGAGGCCUCUUUCACUGCACCGUAUAUCAACCAUUAUGUUAAAUGCAUGAAAGCAACCUUUUUUUUUUUUUUAAUUUGUGAUGUUACACUUUUUUAUCAUCACCAUAGAAGUGCCAAUAUUUUCCUCUGGGAAUGUUUUUGAUUAUCUUGUUCUGUUUCACUUUUUAUCUUUUUAUUUAUUGGAAUUGAAAAGUUGAAUUUUAACCUUGACUCGUAAGAGACCCCCUUGCUGAAAGAGGAAUAAAGCCACAGAGAAAAGAAAAAAAAUCAAAUAUAUGUGGAAUAUAUAAGAAGAUAUAAAAAUAUAUAAAUAUAUUCUUUUGUUAUAUCUAAUCUUGUAUUUAUCAAAUUGUUUAUAACAAAACGUGAAUGUAAAGUAUUUUAAACGUAACUGUCCACAGUCAUAACAUGGUGUUUGAUGUAUAGCUAAGAUGAACUAUUUAGAAAAAGAUUAUUCUUCAAUGUAACCCUGGGAUACUUUGUCACAUUAUGGAUGUGAACAAAUGCAACCCUCGCUUUCCUGGACUAUGUUUACAAAAAAUACUGUGUACAAUACCAAUGUCCUGUUGAACGUGAGUGACAACUAUCUAUGAAGAAGUCUGACGUAUACACAAGAUGAUAAUAAAGAAUUUCUUCUACACACACUUGAA